AGAGAAAUACAAGCUUCCGGUUCCACUUCCAGAAGGCAAAAUUCUGGAUGAUAUGGAAGGAAACCAGUGGGCACUGGGCAAGAUGAUUGGCUCCGGAGGGUUUGGGCUGAUAUACUUAGAUGGUUGUGAGUCACCAUGUGGUUGCUGGGAAUUGACCUCAGGACCUCUGGAAGAGCAGUCAGUGCUCUUAACCACUGAGCCAUCUCUCCAGCCCAUAAAAUCUGUAAAACAUCAGCAUGUUGGGUGAUAUCCGCUCCCACUAUCUGAAUUUCGGAAAGCUUUCCCCACAAAUAAACCAGAGAAAGAUGCAAGACAUGUCAUAAAAGUGGAAUAUCAGGAAAAUGGCCCAUUAUUUUCAGAGCUUAAAUUUUAUCAGAGAGCUGCAAAAAGAGAAUGUAUCCAAAAGUGGGUAAAACAGAGGAAACUUGAUUAUUUAGGAGUUCCUGUAUUUUAUGGAUUUGGUCUGACUGAUUUCAAAGGAAGAAGCUACAGAUUCAUGGUAAUGGAAAGACUGGGGAUCGAUUUACAGAAGCUCUUGAACCAGAACGGUGCUUUUAAAAAAUUAACUGUCCUGCAACUUGGAAUCAGGAUGCUCGAUGUACUGGAAUAUAUACAUGAAAAUGAAUAUGUUCAUGGCGAUAUAAAAGCAGCAAAUCUACUGCUGGGUUACGCAAAUCCAGACCGGGUUUAUCUUGCAGACUACGGACUUUCCUACAGAUAUUGUCCCAACGGGAACCACAAACAGUAUCACGAAGAUCCCCGAAAGGGCCAUAACGGGACACUAGAAUUUACAAGUUUGGAUGCACACAAAGGAGUCGCCCCUUCCAGGAGGAGCGAUGUUGAGAUCCUUGGUUACUGCAUGCUGCGCUGGCUCUGCGGAAAGCUGCCUUGGGAAACAAACCUAGAGAACCCCGUGGCUGUCCAGACCGCUAAAACCAAACUGCUGGAUGAACUCCCGGAGUCUGUGCUUAAGUGGACUACGUCUGGAAGCAGUUGCCGUGAACUUGCCGAGUUCUUCAUGUAUGUUCAUAAUUUAGCUUACGAUGCCAAGCCAGACUAUCAGAAGCUCAAGAAAAUUCUGAAUCCAGAUGGAGUACCUUUAGGGCCACUGGACUUUUCCACCAAAGCACAGGGCGUCAAUAUGCAGACUCCAAUCCACCGAAAAGUUGAUUCACCAAAGGCUAUAAAGAAACCAGCCAAUGAAUUCCCAACUAAGUACACAAGGAAAGUCUGUGGAGAGACAAGAGCAACAUGGAGAGAGGAGCAGGAAGAGCGCCGGCCUGCAGUGCUGCUGAGCGACUUGGCAACACCAGAAAACUCCAGAACAAGGAAAGUACGUGAGUAUUCUGAUACUUUCAGUGAAAUGCUGAGUUUCCGACAGACACAGAGCUAUCCACGUUUCCAAGGCUCACACUGUAAGCCCUAUCUGGACUGCACCAGGAGAGAUCCCAUCAGGAAGCCGAGACCCCUGCCCCAGUAUGGAUCCAAGCCCACGGGCAAUCUGGGUGUCACCGACUUGGAAAGCUCUCCAAGAUUCUGGCCUGCAGUUCUUCAGCUGACUCUGAGUGAAGAGGCAAAGGCAGAUGUGUACUACUAUGGACUCACUAUAUUCUGCCUGCUCACAUUAGUAUGUCUUGCUUUGUGUUUUCUCUGAAGUCACUGAAUAAACUGGCUUUUGCUUUUGUUUUUAAUCUUUAAA